AUGAGCCUGCCAUCCUUCCUUCCGCCCUUCGCGGGCACCGAGAUCCGGACCGUGGAGAUGCACACAGCCGGAGAGCCGGCGCGCAUCGUAUACGCCGGCUACCCAGACAUCCCCGGCACCCUCCUCGAACAGCGCUCCCUCGCCCAAACCCAUCACGACCACAUCCGCCGCAGCAUAAUCUACGAACCGCGCGGCCACGCAGACAUGUACGGCGCCGUCCUCCGACCGCGCACGGAACUCGUCGACGCGGGCGAAGCGCACAUGGGCGCCCUUUUCCUCACGCACGAGGGGUACGGCGCAAUGUGCGGGCACGCCACGCUUGCGCUCGGCAGGUUCCUCGUCGACUGCGCAGACGAGGCCGUCUUCCCGCGGCGGCGGGAGCUGGUUGUCGAUGAGGAGGGGCGGACGGUGGAGGUGCGGUUGCAUGCGCCUGUUGGGGUGGUGAGGCUUACGGUUCCUGUUGUGAAGGUGGAUGUGGAUGGCAGCACGGGGGUAAGCGGGAGCAGUACCGGGGGCAUCGGGGGGUGGAGGACGGAUGUGGGGAGGCGGAUUACGUUUCUUUCUGUGCCGACGUUUGCUACGGCUGUUGGUCUCUCUGUUUCGAUUCCGCGGGAUCUUGGAUGGCCGGAGCUCGGUGAUGCCGCAGCCGUGACGAUGGACAUUGCGUUUGGCGGCGCGUUCUACGCCGUCGUGUCCGCCGCGGCUCUGGGAUUCCCGGCAUCUCUCUCGAAGCCGAACGUCCGCGCCAUCAGCGACGCAACAAAGAAGCUCAAGCAAGCCUUCAACGCCUCGGCAGACCUCCGCGCCCGCCUCGAAGAUCCGGGAGACGACAAGACGGACAGCAGCUCACAGUAUCUCUACGGCAUCAUGGUCACAGACACCGGCAGCAAUGAUGUGCUCCCUACGGCACAGGGCUGCGUAGGCGCGGAGACAGGGUUGUACUUCUUCGGCGACCAGCAGAUUGAUCGGAGUCCGACGGGCUCGGUGGUUCAGGCGCGGGUUGCGUUAGCUGCUGCGCGGGACGAGAGGAAAUUGGGCCAGUCGUGGACGUAUCACAGUCUUGUGUCGAGAGGUGUUGGCGGGGAUCGUGGGGCGUUUGUCGGGACGCCUGUAAAGGAGGUUGAGGUUGGUGGGAGGAGGGCUUGGAGGGUUGAGCAAGCCACCACUCUCAACAAAAUUUAUACAGCCAAAAAGUAG